AUGGGCCCUGGAGACCGCGCGUCCGCCGCCCUGCGGGGACCCAGCUUCCCCUUGAUCUGCCUGCUGUUGCUGCUGCCGGAGCCUGGGCAGGGGCUGGGGCUGAGGCUGGACCCGAGCCGCAGGGACGCCUGGGGAACCCCCAAGGUGGACUUCCAGGAACGAUACUUUGAACAAAUUUUGGAUCAUUUCAACUUUGAGAGCUAUGGCAGUGACACCUUCCUUCAGCGGUUCCUAGUGACAGAGAAGUUCUGGAAGAAGGGAACAGGACCAAUAUUUUUUUAUACGGGAAAUGAAGCAGAUAUCUGGGCUUUUGCCAGUAACAGUAACUUCAUUCUGGAACUGGCAGCAGUUGAGGAAGCUCUGGUCAUCUUUGCUGAACAUCGCUACUAUGGAAAGUCGCUCCCAUUUGGGGACCAGUCCACCAGAAAGGGAAAUACAGGCCUGCUUACAGUGGAGCAGGCCUUGGCCGACUUCGCCGUACUGAUCCAGAUCCUGAAGAAGGAAUAUGAGGAUGUGCCUGUCAUCACCUUUGGAGGAAGUUAUGGAGGGAUGCUCAGUGCCUACAUGAGGAUGAAGUAUCCCAACCUAGUGGCUGGAGCGCUGGCUGCCAGUGCUCCCGUGGUAUCCAUUGCUGGCAUUGGGAACUCCAGUCAGUUCUUCAGAGAUGUCACUACUGACUUUGAGAACCACAGCCCUAAGUGUGCCCAGGGAGUUCGAGAAGCCUUCAGAAUGAUCAGAGACCUGUACCUAGAACGAGCCUUUGACAGAAUCCACCAGGACAUGGGGACUUGCACACAACCCUCAAAUGACUCAGCCAUCACUCAACUAUUUGAGUUUGCCCGAAAUGCCUUCACCAUGAUCACCAUGAUGGACUACCCCUACCCCACGGAUUUCAUGGGCCAUUUCCCAGCAAAUCCUGUCAAGGUGGGAUGUGAUCGGCUACUACACGCAGAGAAUCCGAUCCAGGGGCUCAGGGCACUGGCCGGACUGCUUUACAAUGCUUCUGGCACAGAGCCCUGCUUUGAUAUCUACAAACUUUACCAAAAAUGUGCUGACCCCACGGGCUGUGGCACAGGCCCCAGUGCAGAGGCCUGGGACUAUCAGGCCUGCACUGAGAUCAACCUCACCUUUGACAGCAAUAACAUAACUGACAUGUUCCCUGAGAUCCCAUUCACCAGUGACCUCCGAGAGAAGUAUUGUUUUGCCAGGUGGGGUGUCCAGCCCCGGAAAAGCUGGAUGCAGACCAACUUCUGGGGGAAUGAUCUCAAAGCAGCAAGUAACAUCAUAUUUUCAAAUGGUGACCUGGAUCCCUGGGCAGGGGGUGGGAUAAAGACUAAUCUGAGUUCAUCGUUGAUCUCGCUCACCAUCCGGGGUGGAGCUCACCAUCUAGAUCUCAGAGGGUCUAAUCCAGCAGACCCGGAGUCCGUCAUAGAGGUCCGAAAGCUAGAAGCUGAAUAUAUCCACGAAUGGGUGAAAGCAGGGAGACGGUAACAUGAACUCCAUUACUUGGAACCAACCAUCGUUAAUAUUGUGUGGGACUUUACCUUCAGUGCCAACCCACAUGACAGUUUCUAAAACUGGACCCAAAGUGGAGUCUUUCCAUGUCCAUUCAUACCCAGGGUUACACGUUCAAAGUCCUGAGCCUGUUUCAGGCAGGGCCAACUGCUUGAUAAGCUCAGCCUCCAAGAUCAGAUAUUUUGCUUCCUAAACUCCCUAAGCAGGAUUUUCGCAAGGCCUGGCAUCUGGGUUGUAAAGAAGUAUCUGUUCAAAGGGCUUCCUCCUAGUUGGGCUUAAAAUCUCUCUUUCCUCUUGGUCCCAUGAGGCUGAAUUUUCCAUUUUAGGAAUCUGGGGGAGAAGAUGUAGCAAUGUGUAUACGAUUCCCCUUUUUUGCAUUCCCUAAAAUCAAAAAAUCCCUUCGCUAGGAUAAACUUUUUAAUGUUAUUCCAGUACCCUAAAGAAGAACGCAUUUGAACAGUUAAGUCUUGAAUGUCCUUCCCCACCUACCCCCUUGCUAUAAUUGAAACUGGAAUCUCCUCUCCCCUACUUCUGAGAAACAACCAGCUCCACGGGGCUGCAGAAGAUUAAGGGCUCAUCGGUCAGGACUCAGGAAAUGCUUUAUCUAAGGCUGUUGGAGAAGAAGAGUCUCGCCACACUGUCUGAAUAAUGAAGGACAAUAAAAUUUCACCUGGUUUCUAGACAGGA